CAAUCCCUCCAAAUGAAAAAAGUACUUAUGUAGCAACCCCAACUAAAAAGGUCCACUCCUCUGUUUCUCUUCUGACACCCUCUCCACCCUCUCUUUCCUCUUUCAUUUCUCCCUCUUUUCAAAAUCUAACAGAAGCCCACUUCCCCAAAUUCUUCACUUUCCAAAACCCAAAUCCCAAAAUUCUUAUUAUUUUCCCCUAAAAAGGUGAAAAAAGAGAAAGAAAUCCUCUUUCCUCUGUUUUUUUCCCAAAAAAAGGGGGAAAAAUGUCAUCUGAUGAUGAAGCAGAGGAGUACCUCUUCAAGAUAGUGAUAAUAGGAGAUUCAGCUGUUGGGAAGUCAAAUUUAUUAUCUAGAUAUGCAAGAAAUGAAUUUAACAUGCAUUCAAAAGCAACAAUUGGUGUGGAAUUUCAAACUCAAAGCAUGGAAAUUGAAGGAAAAGAAGUAAAAGCUCAGAUUUGGGAUACUGCUGGCCAAGAAAGAUUCAGAGCUGUUACUUCUGCUUAUUAUAGGGGAGCUGUUGGUGCUCUUGUUGUUUAUGAUAUUACUAGAAGAACCACCUUUGAUAGUGUUGGUCGUUGGCUUGAUGAACUUAACACUCAUUCUGAUACAACUGUUGCAAGAAUGCUUGUGGGAAAUAAAUUUGACUUGGACGACAUAAGGGCAGUGAGUGUCGAUGAAGGCAAGAGCCUUGCUGAAGAGCACGGGCUCUUCUUUAUGGAAACAUCCGCAAAAGACUCCACCAACGUAAAGACAGCUUUUGAGCUGGUGAUCAAGGAGAUAUACAGCAGUGUAAGCAGGAAAGUUCUCAACUCAGACUCUUACAAAGCUCAGUUGUCUCUUAAUAGGGUAAGCCUUGUUAAUGAUGAUAAGAAGCAAAACCAAGGCUAUACUUCUUGUUGUUCUAGGUAAAUUUUCGCGCGCACAAACGUUCCGAACCCAGAAAUUUAUCAUUGAAUCACUGAACUGUGUUUUUCCUACAGUCAGUGUUUUUUUUUCCAUUUUAUCUUUGAUUUUUUCUCCUAUAUCAAUAUCAAUAUCAAAAUUUUGUACUUGAACAAUUAUAAUUUCUGAAUCAUAUUUGAGUGGUAUAGUGAAAGAUCAUGACACCCCUCAGCUUAAAUUAAAGGGGGUGAUUCUCAACCUUGUUCUUGCUCCAUCAUGAGAGAUCACAUUAUUGUAUUAGUAUAUGAUCAAUUUUUAAUGAUUUAUUUCGAGUUAAUGUUCUUUUACAUACA